AUGAGCCUUAAUGAAGUUGCGAAAUCAGUGGCCGAUAUUGAUACGCGCAUCGAGGAGUUGCAGAGGAGGAUCGAAAUGGAACGUCGGCAAAAGGAGAAAAUCGUGCACAACAUCAGAGCACUUGUAAAACCUUCAACAUCAACCGACGCUGAUCCUGCAAACGACAAAAAACAUUCGGUAAAUUCUGGGGAUUUUCGCUUCACUCGUCUGGUAAAGAAUAUCAGGCUUCUUUUAAAAAAAUAUCCAUAG